AACCCCAACCUCCAACCCCAGGCUCAACCGCUCGACCUUUCACGUGCCUCCUCACUCUCAACGCGAAAUAGCGUCAGGUCGGCUCCAAAUCAGCCAGCAGUCAAGCCGCAACAUCGCAGAGCAACUACAGACCUCUCCGGGAAUAUUGAUAACAUCAAUGGGGAAGCGCCUUGUGAAGGUUAUCCGCGGCGAUCAGCCUCCCUCACAUAUGGUGCUGCACCUCAACACCUAGGGGAUUCUUCUGGUCCUGCGAGAUCGAAACCCAAGCGUACACCCAAAGCAGGGACAGUCCAUCCUCUCCCAGCAAAAGGCAGCACCAGUGUGAGUCUUAUGAGCAUCGUUGAGGAUGUCGCACAACAGAAUCGCAACGGCCGGGGUGCUACAGCCACAGGCUCAUCGAGUCCAGGCACAACGAAACUUGAGGUCCCGCGUGCCCCUAUACCAGGUGUGCCUACCAAUGCUACGUGGUCCCCAAAACUUUCAGAUGAUCGGCUUCCUGUCCGUUCAGGAUCAUUGGACAUUCCCCGCGCACCGGGAACAGCGAAACCCAAAUACGAAACCCCGCCUCGUCGCUCGUCUAUUGGAAAGGGGAGUAGUCCAGCUGCAGCUACUGGAAGCCUUUCCAAACAGACCUCCCGACCAGCUGUGUCGCCCCUUCGUUCGGCUCUUCGAAAUUCUAGUCGUACACCAUCACCCAGCCCAGCUCAAUUAUCAGAGAUACGGAAGCGAGAAACUGAUGUGCGCGUUGAGGAGGAUGAUGAACCUCGUGGAAGGACAGAGCAACCCGGGGAGUGCACUCCAAGACCAGCUCGGCCUAGGCAGGCUAGUGAACUGAAUGAUAUUUCGAUAAGAGAUUCAGUUUCGAUGACAUCAAUAUCAUCGUAUAGAACGGCAGAGGAAAGUCCUAUCGAGGGGGGGUCAACUCCCCCGGCUCCGCAACAUGAUACCGAGUCAUCCACGAUCUCCACUGAAACACCGACAAGACAAAAGAGUGUUCGGGUAUCUCUUCAGCCGACAUUCUCCCCUACUCCGCCUGCCCUGGAAGAUGAUGAAGCUCAUGGCCGCUACCCCUGGAGCUCAACGAAGAAGGACCGUGACCACCACGAUGGAUCCAGCGAACCUGUCAUAUGGCAAGACUCAAGUGACGAAGACGAGGAGUAUAGUCGCGCACGGAAACUGCUUAGUAGAGCCGGUAAGAGAGAUAAGGGGAAGAAAAAGAAUGUAUAGCCUGUGGUCGAACUUGAAGGCGGUCGUUUGGCCCUUGAUCAAUAUUUAUUCCUUAUCAUCUUCGGCGAUUCAUACACGGUCCUUGGUUGAUUGUUACAUACUUCUCAUAUAAUUUUUCUAUCAGUUUGGUUUUACAGUCGAGCCUUUACUUUACAUAUUCUGAAUACAUAGACUGGAUCAUCGUACAUGCUGAUUAGGUAAAGAAGC